CAUAAAAAAUUAUAUGCAGAUAUAUACUUCUGAAAAAGAAAUUGAAAGGUAGCAAAGUCAUAUAUGAAAAGCAUAAUCAAUUUGACAUGUUUUAAUAAUAUCCUACCUCAUAUAUGGUUGGACAUGGUGGACGCUGCCAAAAAUAAUCGGCAUAUUCUUAACACUUUACCAACCGAAAGUCACAAGCUCUGGUCUGCAACUUUUUCUUGCAUUUCUCAAUGGGUUUUUCUUCUUCAUCAUGUUCCUUGUUGAAUCAGCACUUAGUUAUCAGCUUUAUCUUUAGCGUAACCACCAUCGUCUCACAUGUCAACGGAUGCUUCACAUCAAUCUUCAGUUUUGGUGAUUCCUUAACUGACACAGGGAACUUACUUCAACUUUCACUUUUAGAAUCCAGCGAGCUUUCCCACUUUGAUUUUCCCCCUUAUGGACGGACCUUUUUCCAUUCUCCAACAGGGCGAUGCUCCGAUGGCCGUCUGGUUAUAGAUUUCAUUGCUGAAGGUUUGGGACUCCCGUUUUUACCACCUUAUUUUGGAGGUCAAAAUGGAAGACCAAAAAGCUUUCAGAAGGGUGUGAAUUUUGCUGUGGUAGGUGCUACGGCACUUGAUGAUGCGUUUUUCAAAGAAAGAGGAAUCAAGAACCCUUUUACAAAUUUUUCUUUGGGAGUUGAAUUGGGACUUUUCAGAGAAGUUUUGCCAUCUCUUUGCUCAUCUUCUUCAGAUUGCAAAGAGCUCCUCCGGGAGUCUUUGAUUGUUAUGGGAGAGAUUGGAGGAAAUGAUUACAACAAUGCAUUCCUGGAAGGAAAAAACCCUGAAGAGAUUCGAGAGUUUGUUCCUCUUGUUGUUCAUACCAUAGCUUCAGCAAUCAAUGAGUUAAUCGAGUUAGGGGCAGUCACAUUUUUGGUCCCUGGAAACCUUCCAAUCGGAUGCAUACCAGCAUAUCUAACAUAUUUUCAGGGUUCAGAUAAAGAAGAAUAUGAUCCCUUAACCGGUUGUUUAACAUGGCUGAACCAGUUCUCUGAGUACCACAAUGAAUUGCUUCAGCAAGAACUUGAUCAAAUCCGCAAGCUUCAUCCCCAUGUCAACAUCAUUUAUGCAGACUAUUACAACAUUGCAAUGCAUUUCUACCAUUUCCCAGACCAAUUUGGGUUUACAAAAACAAUAGUAGCAUGUUGUGGAAGGGGAGUUCCCUACAAUUACAGCUCAUCCAUGGCUUGUGGUGAUCCGCCAUUGAGAACCAGCUGCGAUGAUCCUUCUUCAUAUGUUAGCUGGGAUGGUUUCCAUUUCACUGAAGCAACCUACAGAUGGAUCUCCAAGGCUGUGUUAAAAGAACUAUUCACCAUUCCUUACAUAAACUGCUUGUGUCUUCCAUUGACAGUGAACAACAAACUCAUUAGUAGCUGAGAUACUAAGGUGUUGAGUAUUUAUUUUCUCCGAAUAUUGGAGUAUCAGAUGUCAAUUUAAAUGAAAAAAAAAUUCAUUGGAAUUAAUUUGAUAUAUAUAUGACAUGCUAAAAUCUUUGUUUC